AUGGCUUCGUCCCUACUUUACGGGGAAGGGAUACCUUCGGAAUAUGUAUCGCUUACGCCGCGCGAGGCUGCUUCGGGCAUCUUUGGUUCCGUGUCAUUGACCUGUUGGAUCUUCCUUCUGGUACCCCAGCUUAUCGAGAACUAUCGAUAUGGCAGCUCCGAUGGCUUGUCGAUGGCCUUUCUCGUUGUCUGGUUUGUGGGAGAUGUCGCAAACCUGGUCGGCGGACUUUGGGCCCAACUAGUCCCCGUGGUUGUAGCAAUCGCUGUCUACUUCUGUAUCGCCGAUGGCGUGUUAAUCGCGCAGUCUACAUACUAUAAAAUUCGCAAUGCACGUCGCGCGCAACGCCGGAGUAGCCACCAGUCUUCGAUCGAGCCCCCGACCCCGACGACACCUCUUCUCGGCAGAAGAUUUAGUGACGAGCUGAGCAUCACCGGCUCGCGACGACGGAGGUCUUCUGCCUCUUUGAGAGGCAACCAGCGCGGCAUUAACCCUCCCGACGACCCGCUUGCAAAAAUCGUGGAGGAAGGCGACUUCGGAGCCAGAGUUUGGAUUAAAAACGUUCUUAGCGUGGCCGGUAUUUUCGUUGUCGGCGCUGGAGGUUGGGCUAUCGCAUGGCAGUCUGGUCUCUGGAAACCUACGCCGCUGCGAGACGGUGGUAGCACUCAAAUGGCAGCUGGUGCGCAGGUCCUGGGGUACUUUAGCGCAGUUUGCUAUCUAGGGGCCCGCUUACCUCAGAUCUACAAGAAUUACAAUGAAAAGUCUUGCGAAGGUCUUUCCUUGUUGUUUUUCAUCCUUUCUUUGUUGGGAAAUCUCUCUUAUGGAGUAGGGAUCCUCGCCCACUCAACACAAAGGGACUAUUUCCUGACCAAUCUUCCGUGGUUGAUUGGUUCGUUGGGCACUAUGGUCGAAGAUAUCGCCAUUUUUGUCCAGUUCCGCAUCUAUGCUCGACCAGCCUUGAGCUAA